CUGCUCUCUCUCUGUUGUGCUCUCUUCUGCUUCUCUCUCUCCUGCUCACACUCUCGCUUUCCCUCGUUCUCUCCUACUCCCCUCCUCUCACUCCCUCUCUCGCCUUUUCCCUGUUCUCUCUCGCACACACACUCUCUCACACACACAAACAAACACACUCUCUCUCAUAGCUCCAGUCCCAAAUAAAUAAAGAGGCACAGAAGGAUGUGGGGGAAAGAGAGAGGUUGCUGCUUUAGGAAGAACAAUGUUGAUGCUACCCAACCUUCUUAAUCUCCUACCUGCUUUUGAAAACGUGUGAGGAUUAAAGGCGCGUGGCGGUGUUCACACUGGGAUUUCUACAUCACAAAAAGAUGCUCAGUUCUCCCUCUCCUGCCCAAGCCACAGAAAAGAGGACUACUGUUGAGCACUUGUAUCCUCCUGUUUCAGUUCUACCUGCCUAACAGUCAGCCCUGCACAGCCACCGGAGGCAAUGACAGCCUUGCUGCUCUAGAGCCCCAUGGAGCACAGUCCGCUGCUGGAUUCCAUGCUUUUGUAGAUAUACAUUAGAAGGAAUUCCUUUUUAGAAGCCAAACCGAGAGAAAAUAAACACUGGCUGCUCAUCAGCUCUAUGGUUUUCUGACUUGUCCAAGACUGUGAUUUUUGGCAUCUGACUAAGAGAUGACCCAAGAACAGUGCACUCAUAGGAACAAUGUCCAGAGCUCAGAGAAACCACACGUGUACAAAGUGGGAAUUUACGGCUGGCGGAAACGUUGCCUUUACUUCUUUGUGCUCCUGUUAAUGAUCCUGAUCCUGGUCAACCUCGCUUUAACCAUCUGGAUAGUAAAGGUCAUGAAUUUCACCAUAGAUGGUAUGGGCAAUUUAAGAAUAACAGAGAAGGGUCUGAAAUUGGAGGGGGACUCUGAGUUCCUCCAACCUCUGUAUGCCAAAGAAAUUCAGUCCAGACCAGGCAGCCCACUGUUCCUGCAAUCCUCCAAAAAUGUGUCCGUCAAUAUCCUAAAUGGAAAGAAUCAGCUGGUCACACAACUUAUUGCAGGAUCCAGUGGAGUGCGUGCACAAGGGAAGAUGUUGGAGGUGAAAUCCAGCACCGGGAAGCUACUGUUCUCUGCUGAUGACCAGGAGGUGGUGGUGGGAGCAGAGAGGCUACGGGUGACGGGUGCCGAGGGAGCCGUAUUCACCAACUCUGUGGAGACGCCACACGUCAGGGCCGAGCCCUUCAAAGAGCUACGCCUGGAGUCUCCCACUCGGUCUCUGUACAUGGAGGCCCCUAAAGGAAUCCAGAUCCUAGCAGAGGCAGGGGACAUCCAGGCCACAUGUAGAAGUGACCUACGCCUAGAGUCCAAAGACGGAGAGAUCACUCUGGACGCGCGGAGGAUCAGGCUGCUGCGUCUGCCUGAGGGCAAGGCCUCUCCCUCGGGGACCACUACCAGACAGACUGUCUAUGAGGUGUGUGUCUGUCCCAAUGGGAAACUCUUCCUAUCACAGGCCGGGACAGGCUCCACCUGCCAGAUCAGCAACAAUGUCUGCCUCUAGAACACACACAUGCACACACUAACACUGAAACACACACAUACACACACACACACACACAGACACACAUACAUACAUACAUACAUACAUACAUACAUACAUACAUACAUACAUACAUACAUACAUACAUACAUACAUACAUACAUACAUACAUACAUACAUACAUACAUACAUACAUACAUACAUACAUACAUACAUACAUACAUACAUACAGUACAUACAUACAUACAUAUCGAAACACACGCACACUGAAACAAACAUCCACAUGUAUACUGAAACACACACAUGCAGUGAAACACAUAGACAAAUGCACACAACGCAACACAUAGAAAAAUGUAUCUACACAUACACAGAAACACACGCAAUCAUGCAUAUACAUUGACACUUAGGGGGUCUGUUCCUUCUAACAGUCUUUGACAGGAACUGAGAGGGAUCCUCCUGAGAUUUACAAAGAGACACUCUGAGUGACAAUGUUCUGUUCAAUGUCCUGAAGACAAUUUCAGUACCAGAAUCACUAGGGUGAUCACCCACAUUAGAAACCCUGCAAUAUCCUGCCAUUUCCCCAUCUCUCUGCUUCAUGCCACCUACCACACAUGUAGUGAUAGAAGGCUCAUUGCUAUUUUGUUCAAUGAUAAAAAUUUGCAGUUCUAAAGAUAUUGUAACUUUUGAAAUAUGAAGAGUGUGACAAUAGUGUUUUCUUUUGUGAAUCAUUUUGACUGUCAACAUGUCAGGCUUGGUUUAAUUAAUUUUCAUAUCAUGUCAAUUCAUGUCAACGUUGAUUUGUUUAAAUCAUGAAGAAAGCAAAAGCAGCACAGAUUUUAAACCUACACCACUAACAGAACAUUAGUAGUAGUAGUAAUAGUAAACAUUGCAUGGUGAUGGUCUUCACAGGUGGUCACCCUACCAAUUCCUCGUACUGGGAGUGACCCACUCUGUUCAAAGAGGGGAAACUGUGCCUGUGCCUUAUAUCAAUGCACUUGUGGCAAGGAGAAGCACAUCACACAGACUUUCUUUUGUCAACAUUAGUUUUUCCUUUUGGUUCAAUCCUUUUUGUGUGUAGAGGAUGGGAAUGCAAAGAUAUCUCUGACUCACCCAACUGCAUGCAGCCACACCCUCUCUCUCUCUUCUUCUCCUGUCGUCUUUUUUCAGCGGUUUAAUGCCUUUGACAAGAAGAUCAGGGCCGACAUGUUGGUAAACACAUGGUUUUUGUUUUUGAAAUUUAAGCAAGAGCGUCAACUUUUUAUACCGUUUAUCUGUAAAUACACAUAAUCACAUCUGAGUGUGUCAAGGGCACAACCUCAUGAAAUGUUCUGCUCUUUUUCUAAAUUCUAAAGCUUUUAUAAUAUCAUGUGUUUUUCAAACAACAACAAAAAGAUUGAAUAGGUAAAUAUCUUGAUAUUCUACAGGUUAGCAUGUUUAGUAUACCAUGUUUGCCAGUUGGGAAAGGUUAUGUUGCUUUUUCUUUAUUUUGUGUAAACUUCUCACACACUGAGAUCAACAAUAAAAUGAAACGCUUGCCCAUUUUGUUUGGCAGUUGGGGGUGAGGUCUUUGCAUUCCUUGCGUGUGUCGUGUGGAAUUUGUUCUACUAAGAGUUUUUUUUAAUGUCUUCUAUCGACUGUGUAUUUGGCUUUACUUGUUUAAUGAUGCUCAGAGUUACAGACACACAAACCAAAAAGCGGAGUGGCCCCUACUAUGACAUAGUCAUCUUGUACGGUACUCAUUGAGUACUUGUCUUGUCCUUAGCUCCCAUACACUGCAAUCCUUCUGAGGCAAUCUGAAGUGAACAGUGUCUGUGUUCAAGUUCAUUAGAGAGCAAAAGGAUUUCCUAAAGUCCACUUUGCCUGGCAUCAACAUCUGCUUUUUUUACUCCAUUUGAAUGGGGCCGUUUGCCUCAUCUUGCACCACCUGUUAUUAGCUCAUCAUCCAUGCUGAAGAAAGCAAUACAGUCUUCAGGAGGGUUUUUACCGCAGGGUUUUUACAGCUCUGUCAAUGUUGUGGAGCAUUGUGCUACUGUAUAUUCAACAGAUGUUAUGUUUUAUAUCGCCUCUGUAAAAUUAUAGAAAUAUAAUUUUUUUUCUCCACAUAAAAGCAUUUUAUUUAUUUACAUUUCCGAUGUGCACACUGUAAAAUGCCACUGAGUAUUGUUGAGAGUAUAUAAUAAACUAAAUUGCAAGAUGACUGAACCAUU